AUGACAUCCGAACCACUGUCAAGCCCUUCCCCGUCGAACCGGUCAGAUCUGAUUGGGCGUGUGGAGCACUCGUCUUUACCACCCGCAUCAUCCCAAGGAACCUCGUUGCCGACGACUCCAUCACCUCGUCCUCGCGAGUGGGCGAAAUGGCCUGGAUUCGAGCGCUAUACUGGCGGCCAGGAUACGAGGGCGUGGUGGCAGCAAUACGGGUAUCGUGUUGAGGACCGGUCCACCUCGCGCCAGGGCAACAGGCUGAAGUGGAUCUGCGCGGAUUGCUUCGCCCGAGGCUUCAAGAAGAAGUCAGACUUCUGCUUCGUCUGCUCAACAGGAGCCGCUAUCAAGAAGCACCUUCGUAACGCCCACGGAAUUCUGGCCCCAAACGACGUUGCCGGAGGCGUGCGAGCCUCAUCUCUGGACGGCCGGCCCAUCACCCACUUCAUUGGUGCCGACUUCAAUAAUCCGCACGACCAGUUCCUUGUCAGCAAGCUGCGUGGAAGAUUCAACAGCAAGGGGCUCCGGGUGCUCCUACUCGACUGGAUCACGUACCAUAAUCUGCCAUUCGAUAUCGUCAACACCGAGAGGUUCCAACGGCUCCUUCUCUACGGCAAUCCGCUCCUUGAUGCGACCCAUAUACCCUCUGGGAAGACGCUACUUCGCAUGCUCGAAUCUGAAUACAGAGGUGCCGUCGGGCCCGUAAUGGAAGUACUUCGCACCGCUCGAUCACAGGUUCACUUCUCCUUCGACGGCUGGUCAUCCAAGUCCUACACCGCAUUUCUGGGCAUCAAUGCUCAAUUCAUUGAUCACGACUUUGCCCAACACCGCAUCCUCCUUGGGCUGCGACCUCUCUCGGCAAACACAACGACCUUGCCUUUGAGCAUGGCUUCUCACCCGGAGAGCGACGGAUCCGAUGCGCUGCGCAUAUCAUCAACCUCUGUGUACGGGCAAUGCUAUGACGACGAGGAGCCAGUUGAUCAAGCUAUCGACGAGGCCCUAAAUGGAGAGAUGGAGGACGGUACGGACGAAGACCCAGGAGCAAACACUGCCGUUGAAAUCCCAGAUGAGGACCUCAUAUCGUCCCACCCGGCUCCGGAGGAGAUCAAUGCUGCCACCUUCAGGGAGUACAGUCAGAACGGCGCCCCUGGAAUGCUCCAUAACAUCGGUCUUCAGCUGCGAAACACACAGCUGUACGAACAGUUUCUUCCGUCUCAACGCAAGGAAUCCGGCCACGGAACAACACUUCACUGGGCCUUCAACAAUGCCACCCGGUGGAACUCGGACAUGCGUAUGAUGGAACGGGCUCUUCGACUCCGCCCGGCGCUCAAUACCUUCUUCAAUGACGUUCAGAACCGGUGGGAAACCGAGGGCCUCUGUGACAGAACGAAGCCGGCAGUUCUGCAAUACCGCUUAAGUGCGUACGACUGGAAAGUUAUCGGGGUACUUGUCAAGCUUCUGAAGCCUUUCGAGAUUGCCAACAAGCAACUUCAGGGCAGCGGUGUUCCCGGUGGUAGGUCCACAUGUGGCAGUUUCGAUGAAUACUUCCCUGUCUUUGAGAUCUUACUUGACCACCUCGAAAGUGCUAUCAAGGCACAAUCUUCGAAGAGGUUGAGGAUCCAGUGA